AUGCGGCAUGCCAGAGAGCUUCUGGGGGCUCAUUGGCGCCAGUUAGAUCCCCACGUCUCAGUUGGUGAGUUGGAUCACAUCGAAGAAUCCUUAGCUGAACUGCGGGGGAGCUCCCGCAAGGAUGAAGCAGCUGCCUACCACUGCUAUUGGACAAAGCAUCCAAACCGUAGCUUGGGAGGCCUUGCUAUUGGAGACAUUCCAGAAGAGCCUUUUAAUGCUUGUGCUGCUCACCAGGUUUGUGCCGGCAUCUCUUCUAAAAUGCUUCACCAACUUCAACAUGGAGAUCCACUUCUAACGGAGUCUGGUGAAGUCUCGCAUGUGCGAUGGUGCACGCCUCUCAUCAAGCUGCACGACAAGUCAUUGCUUUGCCCCUUUGCACGGGCAGUGGGCCUGCUUGCCACUGCCUUCCGUUUGUUGGGAAACAGCAGCACAACGCACAGCUAUGCUCCAGAACUCGUGAAGCAGGCCAACAUGGAGGUGGCGGCAUUUGCUUCUGGUGAUGGGGCAGGUAGGGAGGCAUGGGCAUCUCAGUGGCCCUUGUGGCAGGUGCUUGCACGACUUCAACUACGUCUGGACCUUGUGUCGGAUCCGGUGGCUGGAUCGCCAGGCGCAACUGUGCUGCCAAGAUUGCAGAAGGCCGUUGGCUUUGACGACGAGGCUUGGCGCUUGCUUCUGAAUGAGCUCAAUGCAGUAUCUAGUGAAGCCAGUGUACCUCUACCUUUGCGGGAGCGUGUGCGCUGCACCUCUGGGAGCAGUUGUGUCGCAGAGUUCUUUGGCAGGUUGCACGGGAUGCUCUUUUCAUCUGAAAAGCUUCCUUUGCGCGACCAGAUCUUCACCUUCAACCAGGAUGCGAUUUUGCCGGAGCUCAUGCUCCGCAGCAAGCGAAUGGACUUCAAUGAUGAAAAAGAGCUGGAAUACGACUGGAAAGGAAUGGUGCAGGAAAUCAAGGCGAGGAUGGAAACAGGUGAAGAGAUAAGCUAUGAGGAGGAGAUCCAAAGCCUGGUGCCAAAGGAGCAUCCGUUGCAGGUGGACCGACUGCAGCUGGCCCACUUCAUCUUGGAGGUGAGGGAUCUGAUUGUUGCCGAAGGGCCUUUGCGGCGUUGCCUGGAAUGGGAUCAACCCUUUCUACUGGUUCGUGCCUUCACUGGCCUGUGCCGGUUCAUCGACAUCUACUCCUACUCAGAGCCUAACCCCAGUGAGCCCAGAAUGGGGUUGCCUGGACGGAACGAGUACAAGUCUGGCACGAUCCACUACUGGGGGGACAUGGAGAGACCUGAGAACUUCAGUGUGGAUGCGGGAUCGAUGGACCUCAUUCUUUGCCCCUUCAUUUUUGAGCAUGUUGCGCGACCAUGGAAGGCUAUCAGGACGUUGGCUGGUGCUUUGCGUCCAGGUGGCUUUGUUGUUUGGGCGGCUCCAAUGUUUCAGCGCUACCACGGGUCUCCACAUGACUACUACCGCUACACCCCAAAUGGGGUCAAAGCAUUGGCGGACGAAGCGGGCUUAGAGGUGAUCAAGCUGUAUUCACCUGGAGAUCUCUCAUUGGUGAAUGGAGUAUUAAUGGGAAUGCUGAUGCCCUACUGGUCAAUGGAGCAUGUCCUUCGCGAGGCUGAGUUGAUGGAGAAGGACAACGCCCCCAGGCAUCCUUUGAACGUCUUCGCUCUCCUGCGAAAGCCUGGAUCUCGGCCAGAUAUUUGGUGA